AUGGAGGAGAACGGCAAAUGGUUCCGACCAUUCUUACCGGAUUUAACGCAAUCGCGUUUCGUAACUCUACAAAAGCAAGAUGCACACGAGUACGCAUCAAUUUUCAAGGGCAGCGCACAACCGCCAUGGCUACAUGCCUUAUGGCAGCAUUGGAGGCAGCUAUCCGAAGAGCCGUUCCGAGGAAUAACGAAUGAUGGCGUGGUCCGAUCGGGUUUUUUUCCGCUUCAAGACGAGGGUGUUGCAGUUCCCGAGAUAGCAGUUGUCGCCCAAGAACUGCUUCCAUUGUUGGACGAAUCAUGGUCAAAUCCUGAGUUUCUGCUGAGCGACAAGGGUAUGCGACUGGACGAGGUGGCUCUGGCUAUACGUACUGCUUCGUUGAAGUUACUGGAGCAUACACUAUCACCUGAAGGCUACCAGAAAGCCCUUGGGGCAAUGCGCAUCAACGGGUUUCUCGGUCGUCUCGUAAAUGCGCCACGCAUUUGUAACGACUUGUCGUACAACCUGGCACUUUUGGGAACACCUUCGCUUACUUCACCUUGGGGCUUCUCAUUCUACGGUCACUACCUUUGUCUGAACAUUCUGUUAUAUAGGAACCAAAUAGUCGUAUCUCCUUGCUUUACUGGAGAACGCCUUGGUCUGCAGCUCACGCAGUCCCUUCCAUUGCAAUUACGGGCAAACGCACAGAUUUAUAAGCUACUUCACGAUCCAUCAAUGUCACAUGGGCGUUGGAACCAUGACGACCAGCAGCAUUUGUGUGGUGCCUAUCGAGAGAAUAGAGUUGUGCCAUAUGAGGGUGUCAGGGUCAGUGACAUGAGCUCCUCCGGUCCGUGGCUUGUCACCGCGAUAAUAUCGCAGUUCAUACAGUACCUUCCAACCGGAGCCCGUACGUCGCGCUUAGAGCAAGCGGAAUCCUGGUACCACGAAACCCCAGUCAUUUCUAUCGAAUUUGACCAUCAUUCAAGAGUGUUUUUGAAUAACGACACUCCUGCGAAGUUUCACAUUCAUACCGUAUUACGAACACCUAACGGCGGUGAUUAUGGUAUGGCCAUUCGGCCGUUGAUGGAAACCAUAUCACAGGAAUUUGUCUGGGGGGGGGGGGGGGAUGAUUGA